AUGUAUAUCUCGAACGCUCUGCUGAUUGCCUGCGCGGCCUACGCACCAUUUGCUACCGCAGCGGUGCAGGCCAUACCUGCCGCCUUUGCCAUCACAACGAGCGCUGCCUAUCCCGGAAGUUCCUCUACGACGCCCACACUGGCUUCCACCUCGACUACUUCGUCCCCACUUAUUUUAAGCAGCAGCAACAUCGACGCGACUGCCACUACCGCCAGCUCGGAGGUUCACUCCGCAAGUUCGUCGAAUCUCUCCAGCCACACGCCAACUUUUAGCCGUCACCUCGCCAGCUCUGCUAUCGCCAGUACUGCUAUCGCCAGCUCCGUGCGUGCUAGCUCUUCUGUGGCCGCCAGCCCUUCCUUCACUAGGUCCUAUAUCACCAAGACCACCAACCUUCCCACUCAAGGUGCUUCCGCCGACACCAAAUCUGAAUCCGGAUCCUCUACUUCCGCCGACGCAGCCGAGGCGACUGAGACCAGUGCUGCGGUCCCAUCCACCAAAUUACCGAGCGGCCUUGCCGCUGGUGUCUUGGCUGCCGUUGGUCUGAUCAUGCUUUGA